UGUUCCUGAGUUCUUUGCAUUCUCUCUGAACCCUUUAGCUUUAAUUCCUUCAACACCGAUCUUCAUCCACAUUACUCUUUGGAUUUUGCAUGGAAACCUCAACGCUUCAUCAUAGCCCUAAUUUUGGGCUAAUUAUGUUACCAAAUAUGAAUUUGGACAUAGCCACAACCUACCUUCAAUAUGAUGUUUAUCGCUACUUUUGGUACACUAUUCAUACUGAUGGGAAGCUUCCCAGAGAUAGAGCAUGUGGUGGAAGUUCCACUCCUCUCCAAGGCCACUUCGACUACUUCCCACAACCACAAGGGUGGCUUCAGAACCUUGCCUUUCAUCAUAGCAAAUGAGGCAUUUGAGAGGCUGGCUAGCAUUGGACUAAUGCCUAACAUGAUAUUGUACUUGACAAGAGAGUAUGGCAUGGAAACUGCUGCUGCCACCAAUUUCCUCUUGUUAUGGUCUGCUGCCACCAAUUUCACACCCCUCAUUGCUGCUUUGCUUGCAGACUCUUGUGUCGGUCGAUAUUCCAUGAUUGCUUUUGGUUCUGUUACUAGCCUGUUGGGAAUGGUUCUUCUAUGGUCAACAACCAUGAUUCCAAGGCAAACUUCCAACCAAUUAACCAAUGUCUAUAACUCCACUUCAACAAUGCAACUUUUGAUCUUACAUUCCUCUUUUGCCCUUAUGGCCAUUGGAGCUGGAGGCAUAAGAUCAUCCUCUUUAGCCUUCGGUGUUGAUCAGUUAAGCAUGAAGGACAAAGAUGGGAAUGUUAAGGAAAGUUACUUCGGAUGGUACUAUGCUUCGGUCACAUUGUCAAUACUUCUUGGUCUAACUGGUGUUGUUUACAUUCAAGAAACCAUGGGAUGGAAAGUGGGGUUCGGAAUUCCUGUUAUCUUAAUGUUCAUAUCGACUAUAUCGUUUUUCUUAGCUUCUCCAUUUUAUGUCAAGCUAGAGACCAAAAAGAACAUGGUGAGUGGGUUAGCUCAGGUCAUUGUAGCCUCUUAUAGAAAUAGACUUGUUCAGUUGAAUCAGGAAUAUGGAAAUUUGACAUACUACCAUGAGAAGGAUUCGAUUCUCCUAGUGCCAAGUGAAAGUUUGAGGUUUCUCAACAAAGCAUGCAUGAUUAAAGAUCCCUCACAAGAUCUCAAACCAGAUGGAAGGCCUUUGAAUCCAUGGAAUCUUUGCACAGUGGAUCAGGUGGAAGAACUAAAGGCACUUCAUGAUUAUAUCGCAAUAGUAGAGAACAUUAGGCGUGGGAUUGCAAUCGAUCAAGGCUAUUCGGAACAACCACAAGCCGUGGUGAACUUGUCCGCCCUAUGGCUCCUGCCACGGCAAAUCCUUGACGGAUUGGCCGAGGCAUCAGCCUGCAUUGGACAAAACGAGUUCUUUCUGGCCGAGCUUCCCCAAUCGAUGUCUAGCUUGGCGUCCACACUAGGUGGCCUGGCAAUGUCUGUGGGGAAUUUGGCAGCAAGUUUUGUUCUUAGUGGUGUUGAUGGUGUUACUGGAGGAGGAGGAAAUGAGAGUUGGCUUUCAAGCAACAUAAACAAGGGUCAUUAUGAUUACUAUUAUGCAUUCAUUUUUAGUUUGUGCAUUGCAAAUUUUGGAUAUUUUAUUUACUGUAGUAAAGCUUAUGGCCCUUGUAAGGGUAAUGGAAAGUAUAAUUUUAAGUAG